GUAAACAAUUGAAGGUUCUACUCCAGUGCUUGGACUUCAACGAGGAGCCAGGCCGCGCAGCUCUCGGUCUACAUUCGCGCUGCGACAGGAAGCACAAAAAAGCAAGAAAAGGGAACUAGAAAGAAAGCCCAGCCGCCAAGUCUCUGCUUUGCACACCGGCCUGCUAGCGAACUUCGUUGAAAGCACCUGCGAAACCUCUCAGCCGAAGCAUCAGCGCCUGAGAUAUGGUCCCCCCAGCGGUGGCCCGCCUUUCGAGGGCGUGGUUCCCGAGCGGCGGAAUUGCCGCUUCUGCGUCCGAAGAUGCCCACUCAAAGCUGGUCCGGGCUGGCUUCCUACGCCAGUCGAAUGCCGGCAUGUUCCACAUGCUCCCAUUGGGGCGCCGGGUGCAAGAUAAAGUCGAGAGCCUGAUUGCCAGCCACAUGGAGCAAUCACUAGCGGCGUCUAGAGUCUCCCUGUCCUCGAUAUCAGCCGAGUCACUAUGGGAGAAAAGCGGUCGCCUGGACAAGGUCGCAUCAGAGCUCUUCAGAUUUUCUGAUCGCAGGGAUAUAGCCUACCUCCUCGCCCCAACGCACGAGGAGGAGAUCACAUCCCUGGUAGCUCGCUCGGUUCGGUCGUAUAAGGAGCUCCCUCUGCGGUUGUAUCAGAUCACACGCAAAUACCGGGAUGAGUUUCGCCCACGCCACGGCCUCCUCCGUGGACGAGAAUUCGUCAUGAAGGACCUAUACACUUUCGACAACACCGUUGAGUUAGCCCUUGAAACGUAUCACAAGGUUCGUUCCGUCUACAGCCAGUUUUUUUCGGACAUGAAGCUGCCUGUUCUGGCGGCCAAAGCCAGUUCUGGCGAUAUGGGAGGUGACCUGAGUCACGAGUAUCACCUCCCCACGCCGCUCGGUGAAGAUCACGUCAUCAGUUGCAACAACUGCGACUACGUGGUAAACGAGGAAAUAGCCGAUGCAGCUGUUUCUAGCGAGGUCGCCGCGGACAGCUCGUUUGAAACCUGGCGAGGCAUCACCAAGGACAGAACUAAACUCGUGAACGUUUGGUACCCCAGGUGGAUCCAACUACCCGGCGGCGGAGAGCUGCGGGAGAUGACGUAUCGAGACAUCAACAUGUCCGCGGUGAAAUCCGUCGUGCCGGACCUCGACACGGCAGUAGAAGAUGCCCUGCCUUUCUGGUCGGCCGCCAUUGCCCCUCAGACGAGAACGGCUACUGAGGUAAUCAACGUCAUUGACAGUCGUCUCCCAUCGUCGCUGGCCGAUGGCCUGAGUGGCCCUUCACCCACUAUUUCAAGCUGGCCGGCAACACUGAGUCCUCCAUCAAUGCCGCUGCCUGUUUCUUCCUGUCGUGGGGUGCGCAGCGGCAGCGGCAGCGUCUCGCUUAACAUUUUGCGCGUCCGUACCGGCGAUAGGUGUCCUCAGUGUUCAUCCGGGAGCCUAAAGGUGGAAAGAGCAAUGGAGCUAGGUCACGCUUUUUUCCUCGGCACGAGAUACUCGGAGCCAUUGGGAGCCAUGACAACCAUGCCCCCUGCUGGACAACCUUCGCCUAUGCAGAUGGGGUGUUUCGGAAUCGGUAUUUCUCGUGUGAUGGGCGCGGCUGCCGAAUACCUGGCCGACAGAACGGGUUUAAAUUGGCCAUUAGCCAUAGCGCCGUAUUCAUGCGUCGUGAUACCGGGCAAAGACGCAAGCGACAGUGAUGCCACGCAAGUGUAUCACCAGAUAAAUGGACUUUCCGGUUCCGCUAGGCGUUUUUUGGACCCCGUGCUUGACGACCGCCAAAAACCUCUGCCAUGGAAGCUUACUGAUGCAGACCUUAUUGGGUUUCCGGUGAUUGUAGUACUCGGGAGGGAGUGGGAAAGGGCUAAGAGAGUCGAGGUACAGUGCCGAAGGCUAGGAGUGAAACAAAUCGUUGACGUCACCGACUUAGCAGUUAUUAUAGAAAAGCUACAUAUGACAUUAUAAACAAUAUAGGGAAGACUUAUUUAAAAAAACCAUU